AUGAAGUUCAUUAACCUUGCCUGCCUAUCCCUAUUAACUGCCUCGUUGACCUUUGCUCAGGAAGACUCAGAACAACAACAGGAACACUUCGACGUAGACGCCGCUGCUGAAGAUCAACCAUUGAUACAAGAACCAGUGGCAACUGAAGAACAAGAACAAGAAAGUCAAGGAUUACCUCAAAUUAACUUGAACAUCACUUAUGACAUCUUGGAGAGAUUGGACGAGGACCGUGCCAACAUCCUCGAGUUCCAGAACUUGGAUUUCGCCACUUUGAACUACACUUUCACCAAUUACGAGGAUUCCAAUGUCACUGUUACAGGUGUCUCUGGUAACAUCCUUACCAUGCCCAAUGGACAAAUGGCCGCUAACGUGACCCUUGGUGAAAUUGGACCCGUUGAAGUAGCUAUUAACGACACCGUGGUCUUCCAACAACAAUUGCAAUUCGAAUUACCUGACGGUCAAUACUACUUGGUCCCCAUCGUCCAUUUAACCAAGGAGGACAGAGAUUUGAGAGUCACCGCACCACCUUCAUUUAUUGAGAUCAUGGAACCACCAAUGUCCUUCUUCAAUUGGCAAUUCCUCUUGACUCAAUUCACCAUAUUAGCAGUCUGUGCUGCAGGUGGGUACUACACCUUUGUUGUUAGACCUCAAGCUUUUGCUAAUGACAAGAAGAGAGUCGAUAAGAAGAAGUUGAAGGAAUUGGAUGCUCAAAGACCAAGAGACGAAGACAAGUCCGAAUGGUUACCUAAGGAGUACAAGGCCAAAGCCUGA